AUGUUUCGUCUCGUUUUCGUCUACCUGAUUCUGAGAGGGCUCUGUAACGUAUAUGUCCGGGGAGAUAGCGAUCGCCUGGACUUCACCCUCAGGAAGCCAACACCGUCAAACCCAGAGAUGGGUUAUAGUUGUGUGUACGAAAACUCCAGCCCCGGAUCCACCAGAAUGGCGACUACAAUGACAAUUGCAUUGACUGGGACCACCCUCACUGUUAAGGCCACCAAUACCGCAACAUCUUAUCCUUCUCAGUGCACGGAAUCCAUUACAACGACACCCUUAACAACCCGGGAGAAUGGGACAAUGUUCUCGCCUGAAAUGCGAGACAUACAUAUCAUGUUGAAAAGGACCGCUGUCUGUGACACUAUCGGGGAUCACGACUCUGGACACAGCGUUCAAAAGAGGACACUAGGAUUUAACAUUCCUCCUCGUGAUGCUUUGAUGGGUAUGUGGUCCUGCACAGCCGUUAUAUGUGAUCGCGCUGAUGUAAACCUAUGUACAUUUUUUUAUAAAACUAUCGACACGAGCUCGUAUAAGUCGGGCUUGUCGGGUCACAAACUCAUUCUUUCAGUUCGCCAGCAUCCGAGUGUACAUGACGCUAAUCACGGGAUUGACUCUGUUCCAUUCUUAUGCCAAGCCAAUGGAUUCGACAAGACCACCGACUUAUUGGGCGUCAACAAGGCGCAACAUGUGCCCGACUUUAUUCCCAGAAACCCAAUAAGCUUUCACCUUCGAAUUAACGACAAGCGCGAAUAUAAAGUGACGGGUGACCUCUAUGGCCGGAACAUUAAUAUCACCACCGACAUCCUGGCCCCUAACAGUGAGUGUAUCAAUAUGACAUCACGUCCAUUUCCCCAGCUAUCGGAUGGGGCUGUGUAUCACUAUCGCACGGAAUGCUACGAGGAAGUGGCCCAAUGGAAAGGACACGAAAUGCCUUACAACAACCUCUUAAUUGAUGAUAAGACUUGUUACGACUUUCUCUUGUUUGGAUGGGGUGGUAGUGUUGACACCGAUUUCGAAAAGAUGCCAAAUGCGCAGAAAUAUCUUCUUGAUUACAUGCCCCGCAUCAUCCCAUCUGACUGGCAAUUUCCUGAUCAACCACCUGCCGAGUCGCGAUUUAAUUAUUAUAUGCCGGCCGACAUCAGCCGCGUUGUUAUGAGACUACCCGAACGGCCUUUCAACCCCCAAAGCGGCGAUGACUGUCUGAGACUGACUACUCGAUCUCAAGAAAGGAAAGUUGUAAACUCGACAGGUUCCAGUGAUGUCGUUAACAUGCAUAAAUAUCUAUGCCCCACCACUGAUCUCAUCACAGACUGGUUUAAAGGUUUUGCGUACCUUGUGACCCAUUAUCAAUACCUGUCCAUGCGCACCAUAGUGGGACCUCUGAGGGGUCCUGCUACGAGUGUAAGGCUGACUUGCCCGAGGGCUGGUCACGUGGUCUUUAUUUCAAAUCCUCGCUGUAAGUAUGCUGGUAUGAGAGAGACUCCCACUGGGACGUGCACUGAGGGUUGGUCGGGUUAUACAGUAAAGAGAGAUGCCUACAGAACCCCCAUUACUAUUGAGCAGAUUGGUCACCAAUAUAUGUCCGGAAACGAAUGGCCCUCAGACAUGGAGUGUAUGUAUCGGUUCUACAUGUGUGGGUUUGGCCCUCGCAGUGUCUAUGCUCAAGUCAAGGAACUCAUCUUAGUGAACCCCGAGCAUGCGUACACAGCCUUAAGCACACGCCCUACCCGCCAAUACGUCAUGCCGGACGAGUGCUUGUACUCUGAAGUCCAACACGGAUCUUUAACUCAUGUUGCCCCGCAGUGCGGGGCCACCUCGAGGCAAUGUAGUGCCUUUAGUCUGGUCGGUAUUGAAGAGAAAAUUCUUCGUACUCUCCAAGCUGCGGGUGCUGAAUGGGGGACAAGUGUACGCGCCAUCCCUUUUAAUCGCACCCAUGUCUUAAGGGGCAAAUGUCCGUGCACACAGGUUCCCGAUACCUGCCAACCUACCUGGACUUAUUGGCAAAGAAACAACGAGUCCUUAUUUGAAUAUAAGGUGCGUAUGCAAUCGGUAAUUGCUCACACAUCUGUACCCUUUGGAGUUUUUAAGGCUCUAACCGCUGUCGAUAAGCAUGCCAAAAUGUGGUGUGAAGCUGGUGGAUACAUGUCAGAACCCCGAACCAUGGAUGACAUCAGUUUAGAAUACGCAUGCCGUAAAUUACGAGGAAGCAACGAAUCAGAAGCGCGCAUGGUGAUGGAAAUGAACAAAAAGAUGCUCUCGGUUCCCGUGAUGAGUUUAAGACGUCACGAAAGCGGCGCCGGGGAUUACGUACGCAUUGCCUGUUCUGAGAUUCCUGUGGCUUGUAUGGAGGCUAGUAAAACCAGUGCCGAAAUUCUCCUCGCUAGGGAUAGUGGUGUGAUAUCGCGUUACACAUAUUCAUUAGGGACGAAACGAAUCAACAAGGUGACGGUGGCAGAGAAUGGUACCACUAACAAUGGUUACAUUGGGCUUACCACAGAGGAUGAAAAUACGACAGAUCCUAGUAUCGAGUCCGAUAGCAACGGGAAGAUUUCCUUUAGCUUUGUCAUUAAAGAAAGUUACCUCAAGACUUACCACAGCGCAGAGUGCACAUAUGGACCAGAGAAUUUGAUAAAAAGUAAAAUAUACGAAGUCGAUAGAGGGUUGGACCAGAUAAAAGAGAUGUGCGUCCCAAGUGACGUUACGAUUUCUCUUCGCAAGAACGGUAACAUCUACCAAUGUGAUGUCGUCUUAGAGCGGAAUUCCACAUGCGAUAUUUCUUACAUCACUCUAGGUGGACAAAAGACAGAUCAGAUAGGUUUCACGUUUCAGUAUUUCUGUGAUGACAUGGGGAAUACCAUUUCUGCCAUUCAAGACCCAGAUACCGGUGACGGCGAUGCCAUUAGCGCUCGCACUCGGUUCCGACCGACCGCUUCAGAUAAAUGGUGUCGUAAGGAAAGAUCCCGCGCAGAGGACACCCAAUAUAUAGCUGUGGCUCACGUCAAUUCGAACGUGCUCAACGAGUAUACACACAUCACGUGCGGCUAUAAGACAAUGACAGAUGACAGUGUGGAGGAUGAAGGAGCAGAAAAAAGUCUGACAAUAGCCGCGAGUGAUGUUUUGAGUGAUUGUAUCGUUCCUGCUCUCCCAGUGGUCCCUAUCCCGGAACUUCUGGUUGGCAUCCCAGCCGGUAGUGCAGCUAAUGACCCAAGCGUAUACACCGAGCUAGCGUGCCGUCACGCACCUGUCGUGGGUUCCCGUGUAUGUGACUAUUAUGGGGACAUACCAAAGACUAUCGUUUUAUGGGCCGAAAUCCAAGGCAUUUUUCUUAAUCCCAAAUUCAUACCCGUUGCCACGUCUCAAUCAGGCAGGUGUGAAAAUCACCUCGAUUUUACUAACUGUGACGUCACCUCGCUUCCUAGUUACAUGAUGAUGCGAGUUCGCGUCACACCCAACACUUUUCUCAAGACGUAUGCCAAAACAAUAGGUCUCCAGAUUCACUUUAGGUGCGGUACGGAUGGCCCAACAAUCCAUCGCAUUAAGGAUCCCAACCUGGCUAAGAUUGUCAAAACUGGGGCGUGGCACACGACCCCCUCCCCCGUCUCUCCAAAAAAUGAAAUCAUUUCCGACACCACAAAACAAACUUCCGGCAAUGUUUCCGUGAUUCCCAAUAACUUAAUCGGCUGCAGUCUGAUAGCUCUCACCGUGGUAACUAUCUCUAUCUAUGUGUUAGCGUGUUAA